AUGGAAGCAUUGAUAACUUCAAGGGUUGUUCCAGUUCAGGUUCCUUGUAGAAAGCUCUCAACACUUUCUGCUAAUUCUUCUUGUCUUGAGUUAAGGAGAUUUCCUUGUAGAGGUCGUGUCUCGUUCAUGAACCAUCCCAAAUUGCUCCGUCAAGUGACUGCUUCUGUGCAGCCACAGGAGUUGUCGGCUUUGGGGCACGAAGGCAACACUGUUCCUUCUAAAGAAAUUCUUGAUCUUUGGAGAAGUGCUGAAGCGGUAUGCUUCGAUGUGGAUAGCACGGUUUGUGUGGAUGAAGGCAUUGAUGAGCUUGCAGAGUUUUGUGGAGCUGGAAAGGCUGUUGCUGAAUGGACUGUCAGAGCAAUGGGUGGAUCUGUUCCAUUUGAAGAAGCUCUAGCCGCAAGACUUUCUUUGUUCAAGCCUUCCCUUUCGAAAGUUGAGGAAUUUCUCGAAAAGAGACCCCCGAGACUGUCCCCUGGCAUUGAAGAGUUGGUCAAGAAGCUCAGAGCCAACAAAAUUGAUGUCUAUCUGAUUUCAGGAGGUUUUCGACAGAUGAUCAAUCCUGUAGCAUCGAUUCUCGGCAUCCCUCGAGAAAAUAUAUUUGCCAACAACCUUGUAUUUGGUAACUCUGGCGAGUUUCAAGGCUUUGAUGAGAACGAACCUACAUCAAGAAGCGGAGGCAAGGCCAAGGCAGUGCAACAAAUACGAAAGGGUCGUCUCUACAAGACUAUGGCCAUGAUUGGAGAUGGUGCUACUGAUCUCGAAGCACGUAAACCUGGUGGCGCGGAUUUGUUCAUAUGCUACGCGGGAGUUCAGCUUCGUGAAGCCGUUGCAGCAAAAGCAGACUGGCUUAUCUUCAAGUUUGAGCCUCUCAUAAACUCGUUGGACUAA